UCCACAAACGAGCAGAUUCACAAUAGAGAGAGCGUUCAUAGAGCUCCGGUUUUUGCACAAAACCGCCAAGCAUACGAGAGGCGCUAUUUUAUCCUGGAGACGACCGGUUGAUAGUCUGUCGUGCGCAUCGAGGACAGUGCUGCGAAAGUCUUAAAGAGAGCGAACUAAACCGCGACUCAGCUCUAGAUUCGGUAACCUCAUUCUUGGCUGUUGUGUUGUUUCUAACAAUAACUCCAUCCUCCUGUCCUAGAAAGCUACUGUGGCCCCAACAUCAUUUGUCUUUUGACUAGUAGUUUCCCCUGUCUCCAGCAAACUUAAUAGUCUAGGAACGACUUCCUCCCCCUUUGCAUUAGCAAACUGUUCCCACUUGGGAUUGCAACUGAGCAAAAUCUUUAUAGCUGCAGCGGUACCUUUCUCAAAUGGGGUUGAUGUUUCAUCCUUCAAAACUCUAAUGAGGGAACUGAUUCGACGUUGGGCCAGAAUUUCUCUUGCGCCAUUGGCUUCUGAUAGACCAUUAAUUACACAUGUUUUUACCCCUAUUCUUGAGCCGUUUGAGAUGUCCAUUCCGGUGUUUUAGGCCGAUUUCACGCUAGGUUGUUCUUUGUUGUGAUAUUUCAGGUCCUAGUACGUGAAUGAAGGUUUAGGAACGAGUUCGGGGUCGAUUGGAUGAAGUUUGGACGCUUGGCGAGAAGCUGAGAAGCCACACGGGCAGGCCCAAAAGCCACACGGCCGUGUCGGAGACCCACUGUGGCCGUGUGAAGGCUCGGCAAAAGCCACACGGGCAGCCUUGAAACUCACACGGCCGUGUGGGUCGUGGCCGCGUGGGAAGCCUGAAAGUCACUUAACGAAACGCCGCGUUUUACAAAGCCACAUGGGCAGCUGGGAGAGUCACACGGCCGUGUGACAUGGCCGUGUGAGUCGGGAUUUUCUGGUUUUAAGCCAAUUUCCAGCCACAAGUGAGGGGGGUUCCGAGUUUUAGAGAGACAGAGCGAUUCCUAGAGAGAGAAAGCGACGAACAAGAGUUCCCAAGUUCCCUAGCUUGAUCUUCAUCACCAUUGAGCCCGACUUGAGCUUGGAGAAGUGCCGAUCGACAACCAGGAGCAGAAAUCCAUCCUUUACAGUAUGGUUUCCGCAUCUGAAUCUGCUUUUGCUUCUUUCUCCAUGGAGUAGUUUUCUCAUUCAUCUGGGUAUGGAGAACCCUAGAUUUGUAUGUUAGGUUUGAUUGUAUGAACCCAAGUACAAAUUUUAUGAUUUGAUUAUGUUCAAUUGAGGCUUGAAUGAUUGAAUGACUUGAAUCCUGAUCAAAUUCCUGUUAUUUCUGCUUUAACCUAGAAAGAGAAUAUCUGCCUAGGUUAAUAGAGCACCCUUAAUUGAAGGUGGUGAAUUGGCGACUUUAGUCGAGGAGUCAAUUCACUAUUCUGUACCGAAUUUACUUCGGUAGUGGAGGUUUGGUUCAUUAGGGCCUCAAUCUGUUUACUCCAGUAGAGGUUAGUCGCCCGCUGCGGACUCAGAUUGAGAGGGUCUGGAGACCUUUAGUCCAGACUUCAGACUGUUUAAGAACCUUCCGCAGUAUAACUUUCAUAGAAACUGAACAUGGUAAUUGCAAUCCGGCUUAACUGCAGUCUAGGGGGAACCAUAUCCGGGUGACCUCUCUCGACUUGAAACAACCGUUUAACUUGCUUUGUGUUUUUGUUUGUUUGAACCUGCACUUAAGUUUUACCGCUAGAUAAUAAGAAUUCACUGAGUAGCCAUCACAUCUAGGACCCGGGUUUACAUUAAAACCCAAACCCGCUAUACUACGCUUUAGGAAGUGGUUUCACUUGGCCAUUUUCUAGAGUGACAGUAGGAGUGAGUCAAGUUUUUGGCGCCGUUGCCGGGGACGGCUAGGUUGUUGAAGAAAAGUGAUUUCUGUUACUUUAGCAUUUUCAUUUUCGCAUUGACUAUUUGUUCUUUCCCACUUGUGCCGUCACGGGUUUGCUUGCUUGAUUGUGUGCAGGUAGUGCAUGACCCGUAGCCAGUCGGGAGGUUUACUGCCGUUGAAUCCGGAGAUUGAACGCACCUGUCGCCAACUCAGGAGACAACAGCGAGCUGGACUGGCUACGGAUGAGCGUAUAGACGGCCAUUUGAGCAGCGAUUCCGAGGACGAGUACGAGAUGGAAGGAGAUUACAAUCCACACCAGGGGAAUCCUCACCUGGUCCCCCCGGUGAAUCAGGUCUUGGGGAACAACCCCAUACCCCAGGCAGAUGGGGUCCAUCAUCAUCCACCGCCACCGGGUCCCACCUUGGAGUACUACUACACUCCACGGAUUGCUGACAUCCGCCCGGUCAUCCUCUACCCGCCUAUUCCAGUGAACAAAUUCGAGAUCAAGCCAUGCUGGAUUCAACUCAUUACAUCAUCUAUCCAGUUCCAUGGCUUAAAGGAUGAGGAGGCAAGGGUGCAUCUUUCCCGUUUUCUGCAGCUGACGAACGGGUUCAAGCUAAACGGUGUCCCUGAUGAUGCAAUCCGCCUUCACCUCUUUCCCCAUUCUCUGGCAAGGAAUGCUAAGAGGUGGUUGGAGACCCAGCCCCCAUUGUCCAUCACCUCUUGGGACGAUCUGGCCGACAAAUUCGUGCACAGGUACUACCCAGCAUCGAAGACCACAGAGAUCCAGCGGGAGAUCACUCACUUCCGCCAAGAGCCAGACGAGUCACUUCGUGAUGCAUGGGAGCGGUACAUGGGAUAUUUCUGGCAGUGUCCCCAUCAUGGUUUCAGUGAUGCAUUCACAGUGGGGAACUUCUACAGUGCCCUCUCUCCGGACAUCCAGAGGGUGAUUGAGUCUCUAUGCCCAGGAGGGGAUAUUCAUACUAAGACUCCACACGAACUGAACCAGAUGAUCAGUAUCUUGGCUGCUAGAGAUCAUUCCUGGGGGCAGAGCAGUAGAGGCAGAAAUUCCCGGGACCGUGGUGUGCACGCCAUGGAGGCCAGGUCCGGGCUCGAGCAGCAGGUGGCCGAGUUAGUGCAGACAUUGAAGCAGCCCAACAGUCUUAUUCCGGGCAGAGGUUUGGCUACACCUCCAGUAGCUCAAUGUCAGUGGUGUGAGAGCUCAAGUCAUCUGGUGGAAGACUGCCAGGCUAUGCGGGAGUCAACUACUCCCCAAGAGCAGUUGGACUUCAUCGCCAAUGCUCGGCACUUUGACCCCUACAACAAUACAUAUAAUGAGGGGUGGCGCUAGCAUCCCAAUUUCUCUUGGAAUAGCAACACCACUAAACCACCUGGUUUCCC